GUCAACAAUCCACCCCUGAGGGGGAAGGGGCGAAGUAUCUAGAACCACGUGUCCCUAUGACGCGAUUAGAACGGAUCACGUGAGAGCGUCUCCUAGAUCUGAUUCUCAGCCAGGUCAAUGAACCAGAAGAAGCCGGGCUUAAGAAUGGAGAUGUAUGAAACCCUUGGAAAAGUGGGAGAGGGAAGUUAUGGAACAGUCAUGAAGUGUAAACAUAAGAAUACUGGGCAGAUAGUGGCCAUUAAAAUAUUUUAUGAGAAACCAGAAAAAUCUGUCAACAAAAUUGCAACGAGAGAAAUAAAGUUUCUGAAGCAAUUUCGUCAUGAAAACCUGGUCAAUCUGAUUGAAGUUUUUAGACAGAAAAAGAAAAUUCAUUUGGUGUUUGAAUUUAUUGACCACACAAUAUUAGAUGAGUUACAACAUUAUUGUCACGGACUAGAAAGUAAACGACUUAGAAAAUACCUCUUCCAGAUCCUUCGAGCAAUUGAAUAUCUUCACGAUAAUAAUAUCAUUCAUCGAGAUAUCAAACCUGAGAAUAUAUUAGUCUCCCAGUCAGGAAUUACUAAACUCUGUGAUUUCGGCUUUGCACGAACACUAACAGGUCCUGGGGACAUUUAUACAGACUAUGUGGCCACACGCUGGUACAGAGCUCCAGAAUUAGUAUUAAAAGAUACCUCUUAUGGAAAACCUGUGGAUAUCUGGGCUUUGGGCUGUAUGAUCAUUGAGAUGGCCACUGGAAAUCCCUUUCUUCCUAGCAGCUCUGAUUUGGAUUUACUUUAUAAAAUUGUUUUAAAAGCUUGUUUACAAAUUGAUCCUGCUGAGAGAAUAUCAUCUACUGAUUUCUUGCAUCAUGAAUAUUUUACUCGAGAUGGAUUUAUUGAAAAAUUCUUACCGGAACUAAGAGCUAAAUUACUACAAGAAGCAAAAGUCAAUUCAUUCAUAAAGCCAAAAGAGAAUUCUAAAGAAAAUGAACUUACUAAAGAUGAAAGAAAAACCAUACAUACCAAUGCACUGCUAAGCACUUCAGUUUUGGGAAAGGAAAUGGAAAAAGAGAAAAAGCCUAAGGAUAUCAAAGUCAGAGUUAUUAAAGUCAAAAGAGGAAAAGGAGGUAUCUUAGAACCAAAACAGACAGAGUAUGAAAGUAGACUCUCUCAACAGGAUGCAAUUGAAAACGCUCAAGAUACAAAAUCUAUCAUCAAUGAGCCAUCAAACCCUGUCAAUCCCAGCACUAAUUCUAAUGGCAUGAAAGAUGACCCACAUGCUGGUGGUAGCAUGACAAUGCCACCCAUAAAUCUAACUAGCAGUAAUUUGAUGGCUACUAAUCCCAAUUCAAAUCUCUCCCACUCCAACUCAAGGUUAACUGAAAGAGCGAAAAAGAGACGUACUUCUUCACAAUCUAUUGGACAACUUAUGUCUACUUGUAGGCAAGAGGGUACAGGUGCCACUCAAAGCCAAAUGGAGAAGGGGGUAUUUAAUGAGCGAGCAGAUCAAAGUGACCAAAUGGCAAAUGGAAACAAAAGGAAGCUGAAUUUUGCCAGAGCUGGCAGGAAAGAAUUCCAUUUCCCAGAAUUGCCUUUUACAAUAAAGUCAAAGGAGAUGAAAGGAAUGGAAGUUAAACAGAUAAAAGUGCUGAAGAGGGCAUCAAAGAAAACAGACUCAUCUAAAAUACCAACUUUACUUAAUGUGGAUCAAAAUCAAGAAAAACAAAAGAAUACAGGAAAUGCACAAACUGAAAGGAAGAAGAACCCGCCAGAUAUAGAGUAG